AUGGCUAGCGCUCCUGAAACAAAGAUUACUUCCGGGAAGACGACCCCAAAGAAAGAUGUAUCAUCCGGGGCGUUGUCUCCGGCACAUGGCUCUGACACAGACGAUGACCAUCUGGAACCGGAAGUCCACGCCGACGAUGAUUCGGCCAUUGGAGUCACCGAUGAUGAAAUAUCCACCGCGUCUUUGCGCUCCAGCAUUCGAGAAUAUCAUAUGAUCAACGGUCGUGGAUACCAUCGAGAUGAGACAUACUAUCUUCCCAGCGAUGAGCAUGAAUCUGAAAGACUAGAUCUUCAGAACCAUCAGCUGUUACUCACAUUCGGUGGCAAGAAAUGCUUUGCGCCCAAUGCCGAGACAGCAAAGCGAGUCCUCGAUGUUGGCACAGGCACGGGGAUCUGGGCAGUCGAGUUUGCUGAUGAACAUCCUCAUGCCGAGGUCGUUGGUAUCGACAUUGCCGCUAUCCAACCAGCAUUUGUCCCUCCAAACUGCACCUUCGAGAUUGACGACGCGGAGCAAGAGUGGACUUGGUCCAAGCCUUUUGACUACAUCUUCGUCCGUCUUAUGUCCGGGAGUUUCACAGACUGGGACAAGUUCACCAAGCAAUGUUACAAAAACCUAGAACCAGGCGGCUGGCUGGAAAUAAUCGACCCAACCUUCCCCGCCAAAUCCGACGACGGAACCCUCAAACCCACCUCGCCCCUGCACAAAUGGGAUGAACUAACUGUUAAAGGCGCCGCAACACUCGGUCGGCCGUUCAUCGAAACUGAAGACCAUGAGCGUCGCAUGAAAGAAGCAGGCUUCAUCAACGUCACUAAGAAAACGUUCAAAUGGCCCAGCAACACCUGGCCCAAGGAUCCCAAGUAUAAAGAAAUCGGCCUCUGGACGCUUGCAAAUAUCGAGAGGAACUUGGAGAGUAUUAGUUCGUUUUUGCUAAGGCAGGGAUUGGGGAUGACGCAUGAGGAGAUUGUGGUUUUCAUUGCGAAUGUUAGGGAGGAGAUGAGGAAUACUAAGGUUCAUGCUUAUUGGGAGGUGAUUGUGGUCACUGGUCAGAAGCCAGAGUAG